AUGAUAAGCGAGAACUUUUGUAAAAAAUUAAAUCUUUCAUUGAUUCCAACUAACCUUGCUCUUAGUGGUAUAAACCAGGUAGUGUCAGUUAUCACAAAGAAGUGUCAAAUUUCUUUGUUGUCUAAGUUCAAUAGCUUUAAUAUUACAUCCAUAUUUUAUGUUGUACCAGUCAUUUCAAACCAAAUUCCGUCAGCUAGUUUUGAUAUUUCAAGUUUUGUUAUCCCAUCUAAUAUUCAGCUAUCUGAUCCUUUAUUUAAUGAAUCCACAAAUGUUGAUGCCAAUUUAUUCUGGGACCUCCUUAUUAAUGGCAAAAUCAAGCUGGUAAAAGGUUUACCAAAUUUGCAAAAUACACGUUUAGGCUGGAUUGUAAAUGGAGUUGUUCCCUAUGAGACAACUCGUGUGUCAUGUAACUUUACCAGAGCCAUCGCCGAAGAUGACCAAUUAAAACAUUUCUGGGAAAUGGGAGAAAUGCAAGAUUCCAUACCAUGCUCGAAAGAUGAUGAUAAAUAUGAAGAAAUAUGUCAAAAAAGCACUGCCAGGUACGCAAGUAGCCAAUUUAAAGUAAAACUUCCACUGACGUUUCCAGCUGAUUUGUUAGGAGACUCAAUGGAUACUGAGCCAGCAGUAUUUUUAAUACUCCUGAUAUCCUUGUUCACAUUGAUAACAAUGAUAUUUCCAAUAAUAUUAUUGAUAUUAGAAACUCUGAGAGUACCAAAACUCUUGGAAUUCAAUUGA